AUGCGCCAAAUCAAACCUUCCAGAUUCUACAUGCAAUACCAAGGUCAUCCAAUCGAGGAUUUAAAGACAUUUUAUGGCAUCACGCGACAACAACGACCCGACAAACCUCUAGUAUGGUUCGCAGGCGAUUCCUCUCUCGAUAAUAAAUAUUGGGUCCCCGGCUCUGGGCCUGGAGGCGAGCCUCUCGAUGUCGAGGUACCGGAGAUAUACUACCAUACGCUUGAGCGUGCGACACCGAAGCCAGACAUCGCAUUCUGGAUGAACUACUUGCUGGGCGACCGCGCCACCUGUAUUAAUACAGCUGUUGAGGCAUCGAUGUUGCGCGAAAGAGAGAACACGUUGUUGCCUCACGAUGAGUUCAUACGCGAUCACAUUGAAAAAGACGACGUUUUGAUUGUCAGCGUGGGCUGCAACGACAUCGCGAUGAAGCCGACUUUCUCAACUAUCUGGCGGAUGCUCACGCUUGCUUGGCUAACGCCGCGCUCUUCUAUAGACCAGGGGAGUGCGUGGAUACUGAGUUACUUUGCGCACCUCUUUGGAACCCAGACUGAAAACUACAUCAACCGAAUCUGUUCGAAAACCAAGCCUCGCGCGAUUAUCCUCUGCAUGAUAUACUUCCCGCUGGAAGCGAAGUAUGGCCAACGAGGGUGGGGUGAUACGGCGUUGAGAUGCUUGGGUUACAGCAGGGAUCCCGAGAAGUUACAAGCGGCCAUCAGGAUGAUGUUUGAGUUGGGCACAAACAAAGUCAAGGUUGAGGGGACCGAGGUGAUACCAUGCGAGCUGUACGAGGUGCUUGACGGUUCAAAAAAGGAAGACUACGUGGAGAGGGUGGAGCCAAGCGCCAUUGGUGGGAAAAGGAUGGCGGAGAAGUUCGACACACUGAUAGACGGGGUAUUGAAGAAGGGUUUGUAG